AGUGUCAAGGGCUCCAACGGGCCCCAAGCCGCUGCCCCGUCGUCACCGCCGCCGUGGACAAAGCGCCGAUGCUCGACAUCAUGAGCUGCGUGGAGAGGGACCUGCUGGACCUCGUGUUGCGCACGGGCUACAACAUCGUCCAGGAGAACGGACAGAGGAAGCUGGGACCGCCGCCCGACUGGCAGGGCCCCCCUCCCGCCCGCGGCUGCGAGGUGUUCCUGGCGAGGAUCCCGCGCGACCUGUACGAGGACGAGCUGGUGCCCGUGCUGGAGGCGGUGGGGCGGCUGUACCAGCUGCGCCUCAUGAUGACGUACCACGGAGAGAACCGCGGCUACGCCUUCGCCACCUUCGCGACGCGCUCGCAAGCCGCGGACGCCGUCAGGAGACUCCACAAGUCGGAGAUCCGCCCGGGGCAACGGAUCGCGGUUCACGUGAGCGUCGACAAUCGCCGCCUCUUCUUGGCGGGGCUGCCGAAGGUUAGGACGCGGGCCGAGGUGAUGGCGGCAAUGAGCGACGUCACGGAGGGCGUCGUGGACGUCCAGAUGCGCUUCUGUCGCCACGACAGGAGCCACAGCCGAGGCUUCGCGUUCGUCGAAUACGAGAGCCACCGCGCGGCCUGCAUGGCCCGCAGGGUGCUGCUGCCGUACUCCUUCCGGCUGUGGGGCCGAGACAUCCACGUGGACUGGGCCAUCCCGCAGCGAGACCCGGGGGCCCCGCACAACCUGUUUGUGGGCUGGGCGGCGCACACGCUGCUCUGGCGGGCACCUCACCACCCGUGGCCCACGCCAAUCGGUCUGGACGAGCUGCCGGAGACGGCCGUCUUGUCGUGGGAGACGCGUUUGCAGGCGCUGCUACGGAGCGCCGGCGUGGGCCACGCGACCUUCGAACUGCACGCUCACUCGGAGCCCGGCAGGCCCAUGGGCCUCCUGUACAAGGUCUCCGUUCCCGGGAUGAUGCGGGAAGGCAGCGGCUUCUUCCCCGCGGUGCUGAGCUCCAGCGCGGAAGGAGCUCGCGAAGUGGCCAGCGGCCUUCUCUACGAAAUCCUCGGCGACGCCAACCCCCUGAGGGUGGGCCCGGUCCCCGCCGCCACGCUGCCUCCCGGCUGCCCCGUCCGGAACCUCCCGGCGUAUCCCGGCGACUUCCCCGCGCCCCGGCAGCCGGUCGCCGCGCGCCUGCCGACGAGCGGCACGCACCCGUAG